AUGCCUAUCACCGAUGUCCGACAAUCCACUGCCGCGGAGCCACAGGUGAACUAUGAUUCACCUUGCACUUCUCCAGAGCGCAGCUCAGUCAACGCGACAUCGUGUCCCGAUCCGAAGCUUCUUGCUACAUCGUAUUCGAGCAAGCUGCGCAAGUCUGGCAGCUCUGCCUUCAGCGAGAAGCGCAGUAGUGCUAAGUCUGUACACUUGAUCAUCCCUCCCCCCGGCAAAGCACCUGCUACUCAGUCUCAGCAAUGUGUCAAUUUCCUCCGUGCCGUUGGUCUCCCGCAUGAACUGAAGAGCGAGGCGAGCGAUGGGUGGUGCCCUGCAUGGGAAGUGUUCCCGCUGAAGGUCUUCAGGGGUGCGGAAUACAAGGUACUGAGGAUACAGGGCGAGUGGGACGACGCGGCCCUGUUGAGUGAGCUUCGGAAGACGUAUGAUGACUUGCGGACGAUCUGGAGGAAGUGGUUCUCAUUGAGGAACGUCGCCUCCGUGAUGUUCAAUAUUAUGCUGAAUGUGAUUGUCGAAUCACAGGCAGAUCACUCGAUCGUCUACCCGCAACGGUUGGGCCCAGCGAAAGUCAGCCCAUCGAAGAACAUGCGUCUGCGAUGGUUCCUGCACCACCCGUCUUACAUGAAGGGACGACACGAGUUCAUGCAGGUCCUAACCGUGCGCACGGACCUCGGCAUCGAGUUUGUGGAGCGGUGGCAGCUCUCGAGGAUAGCCAUCGCUAUCAUGCUACCUGUCCUCCUGUCGGUGGUGAUUGGAGUAGUGUAUAGUAUCGCCGCGAAAGACCCUUCGACUGCGUUCACAAUAGCAGGGUAUCUGACCUCUGCCUACUCUGUCUGUCUCGUUCUCGUUGGCUUACUCAAUUUUGUGGACUUCUGA